AUGACUGGGAGUGGGGUGCAGGAUGACUCUGUGGUACCAGUGGUAGUGCAAGGGGACAGGUGCGCAGGGCUGAUGCAGGUGUUGAUACUUUUACAAGAGCGCUUUUAUAUGACUGGGAGUGGGGUACAGGAUGACCCUGUGGUACCAGUGGUAGCGCAAGCGGACAGCUACGCGAUAGAUCGGACUUUGGCGGUCCUCGGUGACUUAGGAUCUCAGUUGAAGAAUCAAAGAAUGAACACUGAGAAGGACUUACGGAAGCCGCAUAAAGAUGAGCAGAAGCGGGUUAUGCUUGUUACGACCAAACAGCGGAAAUUUACUAGGUCCGAGGCCUUACAGGAUGGUCACGGUGUCGAUUUAUCUGAUGAGGACACUCAUGGCGACUUCAAGGAGCGCUUGAAGAGUAUCAAGUGCUUUCGCUGUCACAGAUUAGACACAUUGCUGCUAACGGCCACAGCAGGGGUACUAGGUGACAGGUCGGUUCGUUGGAUGCGGCGGUCGAGGAGAAAGCCCAGGCAGGGAGUAUGAUCCAAAGGGCAAUAGAAGAGGGCACUGAGGUGUACGUCGACUCUGGAGCUACUCCCCGUUUGGUAUGGAGCAACGACUGAGGAUUGCAUGAUACAUGGGUUUGCCUUACAAUGGAGUGGCAGAAAUGGGAUUGGUCAGACCUUCGGGUGUGUGGUGACUCGUCGGCCUCCUUAAAAACCUGGGGAGGGGGGGGGGGGGGAAAGGUCUAUUCAGUGCCACAUGGACUUGUUGAUAAUGAUAUCUUUACCGUUUGAUGCGUAUGUCCUGUCAGGGUUGCGUAAGGAGCGUCUGUCACUGAUGUGGACGAAAC